AUGGAUCAUCUUUCAAUCUACACCACCUUUUCGGACAAUGCUAGAGCUGAAUUGGUUUCUGCGUUGAGUGAGAAAACAGCACAACCGUUCAGUGCCUUCAAAACUCCAUAUCUUAACACCAGCAGAUGGAAUCAUAUUGAUAAGUUAGGAGAUGUUUUUGGUGCUCAGUUUUUUGCAACAAGUAAAGAGCAUGGAUACGAAGAUUUUGCGGAAAGAGGCAUCAGUGAUACCUAUGAUAACAACUAUGAGCCGUAUCCGGCAUGGUCAGCAGAAACAGCCCCUAUAACUAGGGAUCGAAUCCAAUCUAUUUUCAUUCACAUUUCUAAGAUUUUUGGAUUUCAGUAUGACAAUACCAAAAACAUGUAUGAUUAUCUCAUGAAAAUGUUGGAUUCGAGAGCAUCAAGAAUGGGUCCAGCAAAGGCUUUGAGAAGUAUACACGCUGAUUAUAUCAGUGGCUACAACUCGAAUUAUAGGAAAUGGUAUUUUGGGUCUCAAAUGGAUGUUGAAGAUAAUAUGCUUUCCGAAAAUCCCUCUUUAUAUGAGUCAGAUGUGAAGACUAGAAAGAAGCUUUUCGCUUCACAAAACUAUUCUUUGAAAGACUCUGAGACAAAUUGGGCCAAUACAACGAACUCAUUUUUACCUGAGGAUUGCAUUAUACAGCUUGCAAUCUAUCUAUUGAUUUGGGGCGAGGCAAACAACAUAAGGUUCAUGCCGGAAUGCUUAUGUUUCAUCUUCAAAUCUUGUGUAGACUGCUUCUACUCCUUGGAUUUUACCAAUGACAUACAACCUCUUACCGAAAGCUUUCUUGAUCACGCUAUUACACCCUUAUACGAGUUCUAUAGAAAUCAACUCUAUUCAAAAAUAGAUGACCAUUGGGUUAUCAAAGAAAGGGACCAUACUAAUAUCAUUGGUUAUGAUGAUAUCAAUCAAUGCUUUUGGUACAGAAAGAGUCUAGAAAAGAUUGAACUUUACGACAAACAGAAGUUGAUGGAUUUUCAACCAUUCGAGAGAUAUCUUUAUCUUAGUCAAAUCAACUGGCAAAAAUCAGUGUCAAAAACGUACCACGAAUCCAGAUCUUGGUUCCAUGUUCUUAUAAACUUUAACCGUGUUUGGAAUAUUCACUUGGGUGUCUUUUGGUACUACACUUGUUUUAACUCUCCAACCUUAUACACAGAAAGAUAUCUCAUCACUGCAGACAAUCAACCAACGGCCUUGGCUACAUUAACAUGUUUAUCGAUUGCAGGAUCUAUUGUUAGUUUUGUGAAUUUGGUUUCUUUGAUUCUAGAGUUUAUUUUUGUUCCAAGACACUUCCCAGGUGCACUACCACUUUUGUCAAGAUUCUGCUUUGUUACAGCUUGCUUUAUAACAGUUACUCUUCCCACAAUUUAUUUUUUCUGGGUAACUGGAACAAGUGAUUCAUCACCGUUAAACUAUGCAAUUGCGGUCUCCCAAUUCAUUUUUUCUCUUCUGGUUGUUUCUUACUUCUCUAUCAUACCUUUGUCACGUCUAACCGGAAAUAAUCAUUCUGAAGAUAAGAGGAAAUACUUACCAUCAUACUAUUUUACUAACUUUAUAUAUACACUCAAGGGUAAGAAGGCCUUGGCAUCAUUGGGAUUAUGGGGAGGUGUUUUUGUAUCAAAGUUUACUGAAUCCUAUUUCUUUUUGACAUUGAGCUUACGAGAUCCGGUUCGUGAGCUAAGCAUCAUAAAAAUUGAUAAAUGUUUAGGAGAAGAGUGGUUUGGACCUAUUUUAUGUGAACAAGAAGCCAAAAUUAUCCUAGCAUUGAUGUUUCUGACCGACUUGGUUUUAUUUUUCCUAGACACAUACCUAUGGUACAUCAUUUGGAACACUUUACUUUCUGUUGCUAGGUCCUUCUACUGUGGCGUAUCAAUUUGGACUCCUUGGAGGAACAUGUUUUUCAGAUUGCCGAAUAGGAUUAUCUCAAAAAUUUUAAAUCCGGCUGCUGUUGGGAAACGCACCGAAGUGGAACGUAAAAACAUGAUUUUCAAAGUUUGGAAUUCAAUUGUUAUUUCAAUGUACAGAGAUCAUCUAAUUUCUGUUGAUCAUUUGGACAGCUUAAUUUAUCAGUGCACAAAAGGCGAAAACGGUGAAAAAAUUGUGGCAGAGCCAAGUUUUUUCAUCCAACACGAGGAUGGCGACAAUAUUUCCAACAGAAAUGAUUAUUUGAAAUCAGAUUCAGAGGCUGCAAGGCGUUUAUCUUUUUUUGCUCAUUCUCUCUCUACUUCAAUUUCGAUGGCUAUGCCGCUAGAUAAGAUGCCAUCCUUCUCUGUUUUGAUUCCCCAUUACUCAGAGAAAAUAACAUUAUCUUUACAGGAAGUAAUCCGGCGAGAAGAUGACUUCUCUAACAUCACAUUACUUGAGUACUUGAAGCACUUGUAUCCCCAGGAGUGGCAUAAUUUUGUCAGAGAUACUAAACUACUUGCUUCAGAGCAAUACAGCGAUAAUGAAAAGGAAGAGAAAGAUGUUAGUGAUGUGCCAUUCUAUGCAGUUGGAUUCAAAGCUGCAACACCUGAGUAUAUAUUGAGAACCAGAAUUUGGGCAUCUUUGCGUUCGCAAACUUUGUUUCGUACCAUAUCAGGGUUCAUGAAUUACUCAAGGGCGAUAAAACUAUUAUAUUCAGCGGAAUGCGAAGAUCAAAGUGUAAGUACAUUGGUAAACAUUGAAGAGGCAAACGUUAUGGCACAAAGAAAAUUCAGAAUAGUGGCAUCCUUGCAAAGACUGAAAGAGUUUUCUCCUGAACAAGAACAAGCCAAGGAAUUUUUGUUAAGAACAUACCCAGAGCUUCAAGUUGCUUAUCUAGAUGUUGAGAGAGAUCCAGUGACGAACGAAUUCAUUUACUACUCGGCACUUAUAGAUGGAAAUUCUGAUAUUUUAAGUAACGGCCAAAGAAAACCCAAAUAUCGGAUCAGGUUGUCCGGUAAACCUAUCCUUGGUGAUGGUAAAGCCGAUAAUCAAAACCACGCCAUAGUGUUCUGUAGAGGAGAGUAUGUUCAAUUAAUCGAUGCUAACCAGGAUAACUAUCUAGAAGAAUGCUUGAAAAUAAGAAGCGUUUUGAACGAGUUUGAAGAAUAUGACGCACCAGAUAAUCCUUAUACCUAUGAUCCUAAAGAUAUGUCCGUUUCAGUAGAUUACAUUCAUCCUGUUGCAAUUUUAGGUACUCGUGAGUAUAUUUUCUCUGAAAAUAUUGGUGUUUUGGGUGAUGUUGCAGCAGGAAAAGAGCAAACUUUUGGUACUUUGUUUGCCAGGACAUUGGCUCAAGUUGGUGGUAAAUUACAUUACGGUCAUCCAGAUUUUCUCAACACUAUAUUCAUGUGCACCAGAGGUGGUGUUUCUAAAUCACAAAGGGGGUUACACCUAAAUGAAGAUAUUUACGCAGGAAUGAAUGCUUUAAUGCGUGGAGGUAGAAUUAAACACUGCGAAUAUUUCCAAUGUGGUAAAGGUAGAGAUUUAGGCUUUUGUUCUAUUUUGAACUUCACCACAAAAAUUGGUUCUGGUAUGAGUGAGCAAAUGCUAUCCCGGGAAUAUUUUUAUCUUGGAACACAAUUACCCCUUGACAGAUUUUUAUCCUUCUUCUACGCACAUCCAGGAUUUCAUCUCAACAAUGUGUUCAUUUUAUUAUCAUUGAAAAUGUUCAUGCUAUUUUGUAUUCAUUUGGGCGCUUUGACAAAUGACUCAGUGUUGUGCUCAUAUAAUAAAAAUAUACCGUUUACUGAUCCACGUGUACCUUCUGGCUGUACUAAUUUAGUUCCAGUCAUUGAUUGGAUUCAGCGAUGUAUUUUAUCAAUCUUCAUUGUGUUUGGAAUAUCCUUCAUACCAUUAUGUGUCCAAGAGUUGAUGGAGAGAGGACUCUGGAGAUGCAUGUACAGAACUUUCAGGCACUUCACAUCUUUAUCCCCGAUGUUUGAAGUUUUUGUUUGCCGGAUCUAUUCACAAUCGUUAGUAACUGAUUUGGCUGUGGGGGGUGCUAGAUACAUUGCCACCGGAAGAGGAUUUUCCACCGCAAGAAUGUCCUUCUCAGUGCUCUAUGCAAGGUUUUCUUACGAAAGUUUCUAUUUUGCAGGGACGCUAUCGUUAUUGCUACUCUAUGUUUCAUUGGUUCUGUGGAAAUUUAGUUUCCUUUACUUCUGGGCUACAAUCUCAUCUUUGUUUUUCUCCCCAUUUUGGUUCAAUCCAAAUGCAUUCAAUUUCACUGAAUUUUUCAUUGAUUAUAGAAAUUUCUUAAAAUGGCUAACAAGUGGAAAUGUGAGAACAAAGAGGGAUUCAUGGAUUUCUCACGUGCGUGCUACAAGAAUGUCAGUCACCGGCUCUAAAAUCAAAAGGUCAAAAGGUGACACGACAUUUAUGGGAUCGAACUAUCAAAGACCUUCGUUUCUUUCUUCGUUCAUUGCACAAAUUGGGUCUAAAGUUGUCACAACUCUAUUAAUAACCAUUGCUUAUUUGUUCACAAACUCUCAAAAUCAAUCAGGAGGGGGUGUUCCAUCAAACUCUUUAUUGAGAUUACUUGUCGUGACCUUUGGGCCUAUUGCUAUCAAUGCAGGUGUCCUAUUUUGCCUCUUUAUUGUAUCCAUUUUGACAGGUCCGCUUAUCAUGUGCUGCUCUAGUUCUUUUCCUGGGAUGAUUGCUAAUUUAGCCCACAUGAUCAGUGUCUUUGUCUAUAUCUUUUCAUUUGUUUUCUUACUUUUAUGUCAAAAUUGGGAUGUUGCAAAAUCAGUGUUGGGAGCAUGUGCUUCUUUCAACUUACAAGAGCUAUUUUUUAAAUUGGUAACAAUACUUGUGUUGAAUAGGGAAAUUAAAGAUGAAAAAUCUAACAAAGCUUGGUGGACUGGAUCGUGGUUAACUUCUGGUCUAGGCUGGCACAUUUUCACUCAACCAUUUAGAGAGUACAUCUGUAAGAUUAUUGAAAUGUCUUAUUUCGCUUUGGAUUUCUUAAUCUCACAUUUCAUCCUAGUAUGCCAGGUCCCUGUUUUAUUCAUUCCAUACAUUGACACCAUUCAUUCAAUGCUAUUAAUGUGGCUUAGCCCAGAAAACAUGUUAAAAAAGCCGAUCUACUCAUCGGCCAAACGCAGAAUGAGGAUGAGGGUAACGGUUACAUACUUUUUCUUAUUUGUUUCAAACAUCUGUGUUAUUUGUUCGAUUGUCGUUGUGCCAAUUGUUUUUUCUCGCGUCUUCGAAGUUGACUUUGAUGAAUACAUGCCCGAAUUUUUGAGUAUCUUAUUCCAACCCGCUGAAAUCACUGAUAAACGGAAGGGGUUACAAAAUUAUAUCCCUCCAAAAUUACACGGUUAA